CACACCUGCUUCUCUCCUUCAACCAUCAUUAUUUGAUGAAACUGUGAGGUCUCAAUUUGCAACUCUCCUGUUGUGCACAAGAUCACCUGCUCAAUAAUUCAUCAGGGCUAUGGAAAGCAGCUGGGCUGACCGAGUCUCUCCUCAAUACUUCUCUUCCACAGUUCUUCCAGUUCUUUAAAAGACCAUUGGGAAUUUCAGCUGCAAGGGACCAUGGAGCCCAGCUGCAAGCCCAGGAAGGUGAGGUUCAAGCUGGCCUCGUCGUACAGCGGCCGGGUGCUGAAGCAUGUGUAUGAAGAUGGACAGGAGCUGGACAGUCCAGAGGAGCAGUACCCUCACAGCUUCAUCCACACCAAGAUGAAGAUGGGACAUCUGUGUGGCUUAGAAGACAUGCAGGACCAGAGUUUGUACCCCCCGACAGGCCUGAUCGCCCAGAGGAUAAACGUCUAUCGAGGAGUGACGGGAUACAACUCCCUGGCGUGUGCAGAUCUUCAAGAAGGAGAUAAUAAAGAACCGGUAUUAGAUUUUGGAAAGAUUAUUAUCUACACCAGCAACCUGAAGAUUAUUCGAGCUCCUCACAGAAGAGGAGAAUCUGGAAGGAGUCCUCACCGCAGCCGGGACAGAAAAGAAAGUUCACCAGGACGGGAGUCCCAGAGCAAAGGGAGACAUAGAACAGCACGCUCCCGUGCAGAGGAACCGAACACAAUGACUGAACAAAAGCAGGAAGCAGGCUCCUGUGGACAGUGCGGAGGUUCAGGUUCUGAGCCGUGCUCCCUCUGUCAUGGCAGCAAACUGUCCAUGCUGGCCAAUCGCUUCAACGAGUCAAUCAGAGAGCUGCGCUGUCCAGCAUGCAACCCCCACGGCCUACAGCGCUGCCAGUCCUGCACACACUAACACAUCUACUGCUGCCAAGCUCUGUCAGAUGGACAUCAGACCCUUUGAGGUGUGAACGAAAGUGCAUUUCGGAUUAGUGCUUAAAUAUGAUAGCUUGAGGGUGGAAUGUGCUGCUGGAAAGU